UCACUAGUUACGUUGACAUGGUACGGUUAAGGGCACACCGCAAUCGUGUUCAUUUGUUUCAGUUUAAACAUACACUAUCUAUUGUAUCGUGCAGUCUUGUUUAACCAAUUAUCUACGUUGUGGUUCUGAACUUACAGGAUACGGUAUUAUAAGGACCUGCGUGACGAACAAUUAAAUAGUCUUUCGUUUGCCCAUGGACAUCAUGGUACCAAAUGUCUCCACCACGAACGGUAUAACCACAUUCGAAAUGAUGGCAGCAAUGUGGCAUAACAACAGAGGCAUUGGCAACCAGGGUGAUCUGCCAUGGCCAAAGUUGAAGGUCGAUUUUGAGUAUUAUUUAAAGACCACAUCCACACACAAGAAAGACUCCAGUUUGAUGAUUAUACAUGUACAUGGCCGUAAGAGCUGGGCGGGAUGUACGGAGUUACAGGCGAGCUAUGGAGGCGUAUAUCACAUCGUCUGUAGUCAGUCACGUGACCCAAGUAUUAAGACACACCCGAAUCUCCUGACGGUGGCCGGAAGUGUACCCGAGGCGCUGGAGCACAUCGCAGAACUGGACCGGAAGGGGAAGGUGGACAGCGUCUGGAUAAUGGGUGGUGCAGGCAUAUACCAGGAGUGCCUGUCUCACCCGCUCUGUGGACGAGUCUAUCUCACUCACGUGUACAAGGAUUUUCCGUCAGACACAUUUUUCCCACAUUUGGAUGACAACUUCCGAGAAGUAAAAAACGACGUCAUUUCCGGUACCUAUCACGAAGAAAACGGCAUUUCCUUCGAAUUCAAAGUAUACCAGAAUUUAAGGAAAUGCAAGACUUCUAUAUAAUUGAUACAUUGAUGCUCACUUAGUUUAUUGUUAGUGUUAACAAUAUCCUAAUUAAUCAAUUCAUUUGUUGAAACUGUAUGUUAUCCUUACUAAGAAGUAGCAAAUAAGCGUAAUUUUAAGGAAUGAAAACACAAGAGCUAUCAUCUGGAAAUACGGGCUUUGCGAAGGCUGAUCAUGGACGACACGGUCCGCUUCGAUGGACCAUUUGUUUUAAAGGAAGUCUCGUUUAAACGAAAACCGUUUUUAUGCGGAAAGAGUCACCCAUGAUUAGUCUGUUCGGACUAUACAGGCUAAGAGUCACUCAUGAUUAGUCUGUUCGGACUAUACAGGCUAAGAGUCACUCAUGAUUAGUCUGUUCGGACUAUACAGGCUAAGAGUCACUCAUGACUAGUCUGUUCGGACUAUACAGGCUAAUCUCGGACGACACUUUAUGCACACACAAUGUCUUAUGUAUGAUACAUUCAGUUCAGUUUUGUCACAGAAAGGCUUUGGUUUUAACGCAAAGAAAUAUAAAAUUUCAAUUCUAAAGAUAAACUAUGCUAUCAUUGUUAAGACUGUGUGUUUGUACGUCAGUGUGUUUGUAUAUACCACAUUGUAUACUGCGAUGUCGUGCGCGCAUUGAAAGACCAUUGACUACUUCAAUAGCGUACCACUCGAUUACAAAAUGGUUGUUCUUUUAAAAUAAGCAAUAUUAUUAGUUGUGUUUGUUGAAGCAACUAUAUGUUUAUUUUAUUAUUUCCAUAUUUGGACUAGUAAAAGUAUAAGUAUUUUGAUUAUUACAGUGUAGAUUGUUGUGUUGGUGUUGUUAAUGAUGAUGAUGAUUGAUGCUUUUUGAUUCAACUUACGAGUGAUGGCA